CUGUAACAGUAAAUGACUUUUUGCUACAGUUUAUAUUUGUUCUGCCGUUCAAUGCUAUACAAACUGAUGACAAAGUGACCGCUGGUCAUAUAAUGGACAGCACUACCGUACCUUAGUGUAUGUUUGUAUUAACAAAUAUAUGUAUUUGGACGGAGACUAAUGGAUUUACGUAUCCCGUGACUGAUUUGAUUGAAGUACAACGGUGACAUAUUUAAAAUGACCUUUUACAUUUCAACACUUGUAACACUACCGAAUUUUCAUCAUCUUUAGGUGUUUUUUUUAUGUGAUCGUCAACUCCGUGGUUUCAUAUUUGAGAAUCUGUGUAGUUAUCACAUCAGUGUGUCAUCAUGACUACUACCAAGGCGGAAUAUUUAGCUACAACUCACCUUCCUUACACGAGUCGGGUUUGUGGUCGGAUGUCAAGUGAAAGACCAGAAUCCAAACAGGCUGGCACGCCAAGAGGCCUAGACCUGCGCAGGGCGAGUAAGAACCGGAAGAGGGCGUCUGUAGAUGAUGACACGGAGACGGUUCUGGACCUUACAGUGGCGUCAGUGCCCUAUGACGACACGGGAAAGCGGACAUAUGAGAGGGCGUGUAAAAAGUAUGGAGUCACUCCGUCAUCUCUGUUCCUACGGAACCUCGCGGAAAAGGACAUCGACCUCACAAAUUAUGGUUUAGGACCAAAAGGAGUGAUGGCUGUAUCUGUGGCUCUCGUGGUGAACUCCACUGUGACGUCAUUGGUUCUCAAAGGAAACUGCAUAGACAACGCCGGCGUGUUAUACAUACAACAAAUGAUGACGGAGAAUAUGUCUAUAACAGAUCUGGAUUUGUCCGAAAACAGCCUAGGAACGUACGGAGCCAAAGUGAUGGGUUUAAUGUUAAGGGAAAACAAAGUUGUUCGAUACCUCAACCUGUCAGGGAAUCAAUUUACAGAUCAAGACGCAAUAUACCUUACAAAACAAAUACAGGACCAUUCUAGUCUAGAGCAUGUGGACCUCAGUCACAAUGAGUUUGGAGAUGUAUCAGGACCCGAGUUCGAGAAGAUGAUGUCCUAUCAACGUCAGCCCGACGCUAACCGUGCUUUACUGGCAUUAGACCUAAGUUGGAACCAAUUCAGACUGAUUGGGGCAAAACAUCUGGCAACGGGUAUGAAGGAAAAUGCCUACCUAAAAUACUUGAACGUGUCAUGGAAUGGUCUAGACGACGGCGGCGGAAAGGAUUUCGGUGACGCCAUCGGCAAUAACAACGUCAUAGAGGUCAUUGACCUUUCGUGUUGUAGGAUAGGCCCCGAGGGAUUCGCCGGUAUUUUGAAAGGCCUUAAAAACAACGAUACACUUCAAGAACUACGGAUAGGAAAAAAUAAUAUACCUGAGGAUGCAGCGAACGCCGCAGUGGAGAUGUUUGAUCAGAUGGAGUCCACCGCACUCACUAUGCUAGAUAUGACGGAUGUUAUCCUAGGCCCACACUUUCAGGAUAGGGUAGAUGAACUGAAGGAAAAGCAUGAAGGUUUAGAGAUAAAGUUUGGAUAUGGUGACAUGUACGGCAAACGUAAGAUGGCUGGAUCUGUAGAUGUUGGGGAGGACGCCUUACUCACCAUCAAGGAAUACAUGGACAGACACAAUCUCACCAUAUCCGAACUGUUUGCACGCUUUGACGACGACGGUAGUAAUAGCGUGGACUAUGACGAAUUUCGGGAAGGGAUUAAGGAAGCGAAGAUAGAUCUUACCGAUUUCCAAGUGGACAAGCUCAUAACGUUUAUAGACAUGGACGGCGAUGGAGAUCUUGAUUUUAGUGAAGUGGUUUUAAAAAUGAAAGAGGUGACGAAAAAACGGGAGGCCGAAGACGAACAACGAAAGGAAGAGGCAAAAAACAAAAGGAAGUACUAAGGGGAAAAUUAUGCCAUUGUGAUAUGCAAGACUUAUGGCCAAGCAGUACCUUUCACCUAUACGGAACCUCCUACAUGAUGCGAGAUUCGUGUGUUCGCGUUAGUUUAUAUGGACAUGCUAUUCUCACUAGAAUAUUCAGACACCAACAAGAAACAAACAACUGUUCUUGCAAAUAAGAAUCAUAUAUAUCGAACAUGUUGUAAGAACAAUCGCAAAAAAACAAGAUUUCGUAAAAAGCUAAUAAGAUGUUGAAAUGACCACGACGGUAGUGUCUACAUCUCUCUCAUGGUUAUUACAAAUGAAGAACUUCCACUAAAAUAAUCAUUAUUGAGAGGAAUAGCUGGACUGUUAGACAGUGAAAUAAGUAAUUGCAGGAAGGUCACAAUAUAGUUACAGUGGUGGACUGAUUCAAGGAUAGGAAUAUCAGUAGAUUGGUGGUUGACCCCUCAAUCAGAAUAUCAGUAGAUUGGUGGUUGACUCCUCCAUCAGAAUAUCAGUAGAUUGGUGGUUGACUCCUCCGUCAGAAUAUCAGUAGAUUGGUGGUUGACUCUCCAUCAGAAUAUCAGUAGAUUGAUGGACUGAUUCCAGGAUAGGAAUAUCAGUAGAUUGACUCUCCAUCAGAAUAUCAGUAGAUUGAUGUACCGAUUCCAGGAUAGGAAUAUCAGUAGAUUGGUGGUUGACUCCUCCAUCAGAAUAUCAGUAUAUUGGUGGUUGACCCUCCAUCAGAAUAUCAGUAGAUUGAUGGACUGAUUCCAGGAUAGGAAUAUCAGUAGAUUGGUGGUUGACUCUCCAUCAGAAUAUCAGUAGAUUGAUGUACCGAUUCCAGGAUAGGAAUAUCAGUAGAUUGGUGGUUAACUCCUCCAUCAGAAUAUCAGUAGAUUGAUGGACUGAUUCCAGUAUUAGAAUAUUGGUAGAGUAGUCGACUGAUUUCAGAAUUAGACUAUCAGUAGAUUGGUGGAUUGACUCCACGAUCAGAAUAUCAGUGGAUUGAUGGACUGAUUCCAGAAUUAGACUAUCAGUAGAUCGGUGGACUGAAUCCAGGAAUAAAACAUUGGUAGAAUGGUUGACCAUCUACUUGAAGAAUUAUGACAUCAUGUGCUUUCGGCAGAUUCGUCCUUCUGGUGGCAGAUCAGAACCUUUUUAAGCUUAACUGGCGAAACUAUCACAUCCCUGUAUUUUGCUAUUGUGUGUACCUGGUGAAGAGUCGGGUUGGUAAUUAUAUGAUAUAUGAAGAUGAGAUUAUAUGUACAGUGAAUAUGCCCGGUAUGUGUGGGUAGAAAGAUUGCGCGAGAAACUGCAAUAAAAUAUUUUUCAUGGCGCUAUUUUUCUGUGGUUAUGAUUAUAUACCAAACGUGUAUGAAGGUUUGGUGACGAUACCUUGUUUCUUAUCUUCAAUGUUCUACUGAAAUCAAGGCGGCAUCUACCAGCAGAUCAUACCAACAGAUACUAUAGGCAGUAGUAAUGAAGAAGCCACAAUCCGGAAAUACUUCAUAGUAAUGAAAUUCUAUCAUCAAUAAUUAUUAUUAUUAAUAGCUAUGCUACCCUGUAUUACGAGUCGUUUUAACAAGAUGUGAAUGGUCACAUCAGAGACCUUCAAAGAUUGUGUACGUCAGCUAGGAUUACAUCGAUAACAGCAGGUUCGUUAAUCGUAAGUCCUCUUCGAAACCUUCUCACAAUCUAGUUCAUGUAUGAACGGUCAAACUUCGCUUGUGGCAUCACACUUUCUAACGUGCUUGACACCUCACAAUCACCUUCCUGGACAGGAAUGAACUUCGUGUGGAGUGUGUUGUUCCAGUAGCGGUCACACUUAUUGUUGUAAUUGCUGUAGUCGCAGUAAUCCUCAGUACCAUUAAACUGGAGCUGCAGUCGUAUUGUGGUACUAUAUACUCAAGAAAUGGGGGAAAAGGUAGGAGGAUUUUGAAAAAUCCAAGUGCUUUUGAUUGAUCUUGAACAUCCUCUUCUCGAAAAUGUUUCUUCUAUCAACACUUUUAACUUUUCGACCCUUUACAAUACCUCGUACCAAACUGAAGGAACACCUAUGUCCUCUUGCUAUGCGAGCUUUCUAUUCAAAGAAAGGUGUACAGCGAUAUAAAGAUAUGGUUGUAAUUGUUUUGGAGCAUAUUUCGUUCAAGGUAAAACAAAGGCCAAAAUGAAAUAUACUGAGGACGAUAUUGUGAGGAUGAUUGAGUUCCUGGUUGACAAUAUUUAAGUUGAAUUCGGUGGCAACGUUUUCCAGCAGACUGUCGACAUCUUCUAUUCGAUUUUUUUCUGUCUUCAUACGAAACUGUAUUCAUUGAUGAGCUUAUUAGGACUGGUAACCAAAAACCUAGCAAAGUCCUUCAGUUUCACAUUCAGAGAUAUCGAGGAUAUGCUGUCGUGGAUAACAAGAAAUUAAUUGACCAAAUCGAUCGUAUAUACCCGCCAGAGAUUAAAAUCAAGGACACCAGACUCUUCAACUUCAGCCGCUGUCCUCGAUCUUUACUUACAACAUGACCAACAGGGAUGGCUUAUCAGUUUCUUAAUAGCAACUUCCCUGCUUCCCUACCUACGGUGUCUACAUAUUGCAGUAGAUUCGGUACUCAAGGGCUGGCUUCAAAGAUCAUGACUUCCAUGAUAGAUGUCGGCUGCUGAUGGACAAACUUACAACACAGGGUUUCUAAAGAUUGUCGUCAUACGCUAUUUCUUUGUGUGGUAUAAAGGGGUGAAUCAUUUACAUUGGUUUAAAUUCUACAUUCCUUGAACAUGAUUAUAAGAUAUACAGUAAACAAGGCAAAAUAUUGCGAAAUAAUAAUAUCCAAUUUCGGGAUCCAAUAUGUACGAAGGGCCAUAACUCUGUAUACAGUGGGCGCACGAUUCAAUUAUAGCAUGUGACACUAUGUCAUCUCACGAGCUACUAACAUAAAAAUUUGGUACUAAAGAGUACAGAGUAUAUGACAAUGCGGUUCACAGUGAACAAAGGGCCGCUACUCUGUAUAGAAUUGGCGAGAGUACCCAUUUCAGAAUGUGACAAAUUUACUCCCAACAUUCCAAGAGGUACUCUACCCAAACACAA